CCCCCAUUAGUAGUAGUAGGCGUAUUAAUUCAGGUUAGAGAGAAAGAGAGAGAAAGAGAAAGAUCAUCAGAGAAAAUGGCCGGCGGUAGUGGGAAUGUUGAGGGAUCCCCAGGGAGCUCGAUGCAUGGAGUGACCGGGAGAGAGCAGACAUUCGCGUUCUCGGUGGCGUCCCCAAUAGUCCCAACAGACACGAGCGCCAAAUUCGCACUCCCGGUGGACUCGGAGCACAAGGCGAAGGUGUUCAAGAUCUUCUCCUUAGCCAACCCCCACAUGAGAACCUUCCACCUCUCAUGGAUCUCCUUCUUCACCUGCUUCGUCUCCACCUUCGCCGCCGCCCCUCUCGUCCCCAUCAUCCGCGACAACCUCAACCUCACCAAGUCCGACAUCGGCAACGCCGGCGUCACCUCCGUCUCCGGCAGCAUCUUCUCCCGUCUCGUCAUGGGCGCCGUCUGCGACCUCCUCGGCCCCCGCUACGGCUGCGCCUUCCUCAUCAUGCUCUCCGCCCCCACCGUCUUCUGCAUGUCCUUCGUCUCCUCCCCCGCCGGCUACAUCGCCGUCCGCUUCAUGAUCGGCUUCUCCCUCGCCACCUUCGUCUCCUGCCAGUACUGGAUGAGCACCAUGUUCAACAGCCAGAUCAUCGGCCUCGUCAACGGCACCGCCGCCGGCUGGGGCAACAUGGGCGGAGGCGCCACCCAGCUCCUCAUGCCUCUCCUCUACGAGAUCAUCAAGAAGGUCGGGGCCACCCCCUUCACCGCCUGGAGGAUCGCCUUCUUCAUCCCCGGCUCCCUCCACGUCCUCAUGGGCAUUUUGGUCAUGACUCUCGGCCAGGACUUGCCCGACGGAAAUCUCAGCAGUCUCCAAAAGAAGGGCACCGUGGCCAAGGAUAAAUUUUCCAACGUGCUGUGGUACGCGGUCACCAACUACAGAACUUGGAUCUUCGUUCUCCUGUAUGGCUACUCAAUGGGCGUCGAGCUCUCCACCGACAACGUCGUCGCCGAGUACUUCUACGACAGGUUCGACCUGAAGCUGCACACGGCGGGAAUCAUCGCAGCCACCUUCGGGAUGGCGAAUCUAGUGGCUCGCCCCUUCGGAGGGUACGCUUCCGACUUCGCAGCUCGAUAUUUCGGGAUGAGGGGAAGGCUGUGGACCCUGUGGAUCCUCCAAACGUGCGGUGGAGUGUUCUGCAUGUGGCUUGGGAAGGCAACCCAGCUUCCAGUGGCCAUAGUGGCCAUGAUCCUGUUCUCAAUAGGAGCCCAGGCUGCGUGCGGAGCCACGUUUGGGAUCAUUCCCUUCAUUUCCCGGCGCUCGUUGGGCAUUAUAUCGGGCCUCACAGGCGCAGGAGGCAACUUCGGGUCUGGGUUGACUCAAUUGGUGUUCUUCUCGACAACGAAAUACUCCACAGACAAAGGGUUGUUCUUGAUGGGCAUUAUGAUCGUGUGCUGCACUCUUCCGGUCACAUUGGUUCACUUCCCGCAGUGGGGGAGCAUGUUCUUGCCGCCCACCAAACACGUGGAGAAAUCCACAGAAGAAUUCUAUUAUGGGUCUGAAUGGACUGAGGACGAGAAGAAGAAGGGUCUGCACCAGCAGAGCAUCAAGUUCGCUGAGAAUAGCAGGUCCGAACGUGGCAGGAAAAUUGCGUCAGCUCCAACCCCACCCAACGCCACUCCUUCCCAUGUUUGACUUCAUUAAUUAUUUGCCUCAUCCUCCAACCUUAUAAUAUUAAUAAUUAAUGCUUCAUUUUGUAUAUCUCUGCUGUGCUAUAUAUAUUUUCUAUAUUGUAAUGGGUUUAAUUUGGACUUUUCUGCAAGAGUUAGGAUCCAAGAGGGAAGUUCUUUACUUUAGUAUAUUCUGGAAUCUCUUUGUAUCUGAAAGAACCAUCUUCAAAGAGUUUUAUAAUGAGACUUUGGAUGCAUCCUAGCUAGAUGGCAUUUUGUGAUUGGA